AUGGGACAGAAGCUAUCACAGGUUGUCAACGAGAGUACGGAUAAACAAAAAGAGGGACUAAAGUUUCUCUGUAAAAUGAUCGUUUCAAAAUUGAAGAGCUUUGAGCACGAACUCUUAAACCCGCCUUCAAACUCUCAUAUGGUUCGUAUUGGAACGGUGGUGGAUAAAGUCGAGGAUAUCCACAUCAAUGCCUCGACGAAUUCUGAUAAGUUAAGCGACGAAAUAAAUAAAACUUUGGAUAGUUUGUUCUCUGGAGACACUGCGACAGCACUGAAAAUGGCCUUGUCGACAACUGUGAAAACAUUUCUCGGCCGUUCCGAGGCUGGAGAGCUAACUUUUCGUGACUACCACAUCUAUUUACAAGAGAAUGCGUUGGUCCGGCUGGACGUGAUGUUAUACAAGUACAACUUUACCUCGGAAAAUGUACUCCAUUCGGUGAAUACGGUGAAUGCAUACUUGUUCUAUAAAUCCAUAAUAAAUCACGAAGAAGUCUCUCGUGAUUUAAUGAUAUAUGAGAUAACGCGGUUCGUAAGAAACUAUAUGAAGGGGACCGCUUUAACUAGGAACUCAAAAUUAAAUGAACAAAAAAUUAAUGAAGAGGUCACUCAGUGUCUCCAGAGGCUGCAUAGUAUUUACAAACUUUUUGAUCAUGAUAACAAUAUCAAAAUUGAAGCAAAAUGUUAG